AAUUUGAAGUGUGAACAUCGUGAACGUACAAUCCUGUGCUCAUCAUGACUGGAAGAGGAAAGGGAGGAAAAGGUCUGGGUAAAGGAGGAGCCAAGCGUCACCGAAAAGUGCUGCGGGAUAACAUCCAGGGCAUUACCAAGCCCGCCAUCCGCCGUUUGGCUCGGCGCGGAGGAGUGAAACGUAUCUCCGGCCUCAUCUACGAGGAAACCCGUGGCGUCCUGAAAGUAUUUCUGGAGAAUGUGAUUCGUGAUGCGGUCACUUACACUGAACACGCCAAGCGUAAGACCGUCACCGCUAUGGAUGUGGUGUAUGCUCUGAAGCGUCAGGGCCGCACUCUGUACGGUUUUGGAGGUUAAAUUCAACGUGCUCUAACAAACCUCCAAAUGGAGUCUCAAAACGGUCCUUUUCAGGACCACAAUACAUUACUCAAGAGCUGUGUCUUUCGCAACAUUAAAAUGUUUUAUUUGAGAGAAAAA